UCUGCACCCUUCCCUGACCGAGAUGGUCAUCGCGUCAGCAAGCCACCCUUCCCUGACCAAGAUGGUCAUCGCGUCAGCAAGCCACCCUUCCCUGACCAAGAUGGUCAUCGCGUCAGCAAGCCACCCUUCCCUGACCAAGAUGGUCAUCGCGUCAGCAAGCCACCCUUCCCUGACCAAGAUGGUCAUCGCGUCAGCAAGCCACCCUUCCCUGACGAAGAUGGUUAUCGCGUCAGCAAGCCACCCUUCCCUGACCAAGAUGGUCAUCGCGUCAGCAAGCCACCCUUCCCUGACCAAGAUGGUCAUCGCGUCAGCAAGCCACCCUUCCCUGACCAAGAUGGUCAUCGCGUCAGCAAGCCACCCUUCCCUGACCAAGAUGGUCAUCACGUCAACAAUCCACCCUUCCCUGACCAAGAUGGAGGAACACCCCCCACCUCUGCCUCCCCCCCCCUCCCCCCUCGCACUGUAACCACGCGUGCGCGAAUUCUCCACGGGACGUUUUAAAAACCACUCCGCGUGUUAACACUAAAAUCUCCGUUAUACUCCAACCCAUCAUCCGACAAAAAACAACAACAAACAAACAACAAACAAUGGAGGCUGCCGUGCGACUGGCGUUUCGCGGUUGCGCGGUGUGGGCCCUCCGCCGUCUCCCGUGCCGGCUCGCCGGCUUCCCCUCGCCCUCGCCGGGGCCCGGGCAGGGGCCGCCCGGUAGGGAAUCUAGGCGAGGCCGAGGCCCCCCGCCGGUGUUUAGGCCGCAGCCCUCGGCGUGGCUCCACGCGUCCUCGCCGGGAUUCGGGGGCCCCGGGAGGGGUGCGGGGAGACGGGGACCCCGCGGGGGGGGAGGAGGCGGCGAGGAGGAGGGGGAUGAGGAGGAGGAGGAUGAGGAGGGAGACGUGGGGAGAAUGGACCCUGACGAGGAGAUGUACAGGUUCCUACGGAGUCACCGCAAGGCGGUGAGGGAGCAUGGCAUGCGGAGACACUUCGACCCGGGGCCUCCAGAAAGGCGCCUCACCUGGGAGGCCAUGGAACACAUGAGGUUCCUGGCCCAGGAGUGUCCCGGCGAGUGGUCCGUGCCGCGCCUGGCCGUGGGCUUCGGCGUGCCGCGCUCUGUGGUGGUGCGAGUCCUGCGUGGCCGCUUCGCACCGCCAGACGCCCGGCGCGCCAAGCAGGACGCCGCCGCCGCGGCGGCGGCCGCGGCGGCGGCGCUGGCCAACGCGCCGCCGGGACGGCUGCCGAGCGCCGGGGAGCUGGAGCGGCUCGCCGACGAGCACAGCCGCAGGCCGCUGGCGCCGCCGGAGACGCGGCAAGCCGGACGAGACGUCCUGGACCACCGCGGCAACUUCCUGUACCGGAUAUGA